AUGCAGCGGUACACAAACAAGGAGACACAGAAUUUCUUUCACAUUUGCACUGGCUCAAUUAUCUUAUUUUCUUUUGCAAGCUACGCUGCUAAUAGAGUAAGUGACCUUGAAAGGUCCAAACUUGUAGUGGCCUUUCAAGCUCCUUGGAAUAUUUCCCAUCCUCUCAGUGCCCAAAGGUUAAAUGCAGGCCUCCAGAUUGCCAUUGACAAAGUCAAUGGGGAUCCAUCUUACCUAGGCAACUACAGCUUGGAGUUUGUUUAUGCUGACUGUGGCUGCGAGGCCAAGAAAUCCCUUCAAGCUUUCAUCGGUCAAUAUCAGAAGGAACACAUCUCGGCUUUGUUUGGACCUGUUUGCUCAGAAGCAGCUGAGGUUACUGGUUUGCUAGCAUCUCAAUGGAGCAUUCCCAUGUUUGGGUUCGUUGGCUACACCACCAAGCUGGACAACUCAUUUCUUUAUGAUACUUAUGUCAAUCUUGUCUCCCCUCUGCAGAGGGUGGGGGAAGUACUGUGUAAAACUCUCCAGUAUUUUGGAUGGAGAUAUGUGGGUCUUCUUGGAAGCUCAAGUGAUACUUUCACUUGGGCUGAAACAGAAGAACUGUGGGAAUCUGUCGAAAGCCAACUCAAAAACAAUUUUACUAUCACUGCUAAGGUGAGAUACAAUACAAAAGAUCAAAGCCUCCAUGAGAAAAAUCUCAACUAUAUAUCAUCUACUGCUAGAAUUAUUGUUUUAAUCUGCAGCUCUUUUGAUGCAAGGUCCAUUUUGUUACAGGCCAAAGAACUGGGUAUGGCCAGUGGACCAUAUGUAUUCUUUGUACUACAGCAAUUCGAGGAUACCUUUUUGAAAGAAAUAUGGAAUAACGAGAACAGCAGCAGUGUCCUAGAUGCUUAUCGGCCUGUAUUUCUAAUAGCCUUGAGUUCUUAUAGAGAAUACAAUACCUUUUCUAAUUUUAUGAUGGAUAUCCAUGAAAAACUGAAGAAGAACCUAUCUGACAGUUUUCUUUCUUCACAAGAUGAGGUAAGUUCCUACGCUGCCUACUUGCACGAUGCAGUUCUGCUUUAUGCCUUAUCCAUACGGGAAAUGUUAAGAGAGAGGAAAGAUUUCCGUGAUGGGAGAGCACUUGUCAAUGCUUUGAAAGGCUACAAUAAAACCCUCAAGUAUGGCAUUACUGGCCCAGUGCACAUUGAUGAAUCAGGUGAAAGGAACAUGGACUACUCUGUGUAUGAUCUCCAGGAAUCUGGAAACUCAACAUGCUUUAUCCCUGUGCUUAACUUUGACAGUGACAGAAAAGCAAUCAGCCCAACCGUGGAAAUUGACUACAUCAGCUGGUCAGGUGGAGAAAUACCUAAAGACAGACCACUGUGUGGGUUUCACAAUGAACACUGUAAAACUCCAGUUACCAAAGGCAAGGCCCUUAUAGUGGUGAUAAUUCUCCUGAUAAUAACAGUAUCAGGGGGCAUUAGUGUGGCAACAUUUAUGAAGAUCCAUAAAGGGAAUCUGGAAAAGCAAAUCAACGACAUGUGGUGGAAAAUUAACUAUGAGGAUAUCACCAUUUUUAAUGAUCAUAAGGAAAAAUUCGAUUUGUCUCAAGUAAACACACCUGAACCCACAGAAAAGGAAAAUUUUGGUUCCCAUUUGUUGAGGUCUAGCAAUGACUAUUCUGGUUUGAAAGGCAAGCAGGGGAAAGAAGUAUUUUAUACCACAGUAGGACUUUAUCAGGGAAUCCUUGUUGCUCUCAAAUUUGUUGAUAAUCAGACAGAUGCAUGGAUCUGGAAACCAUCAAUUCUUUGUGAAGUUCAGAUGAUGAGAGAACUGAGGCACGAGAAUCUAGUAAUCUUCUAUGGGAUAUGCCCCCAAGCUCCAAACAGCUGUAUUGUAACACACUACUGCAAGAAGGGAAGCAUGAAGGAUGUUUUGAUGCAUUCUGAUAUUGAAUUGGAUUGGAUAUUCAAAAUCUCCUUUGCUUACGACAUAGUCAAUGGCAUGUUAUUCAUCCACAAUAGCCCCCUGAAUUCUCACGGCAACUUAAAACCUACCAACUGCUUAGUGGACAGUCGCAUGCAGGUGAAGCUGAGUGGAUUUGGGCUAUGGGAAUUUAAGUAUGGAAGGAAAACCAGGAUAAUAACAGAGGACACCAACUAUGAAGAUCUCUACUGGACAGCCCCUGAAUUACUAAGGAUGGGGGAAUAUCCAUUUCAAGGCACCCAGAAGGGGGACGUUUACAGCUUUGCUAUUAUUUUGAGGGAAAUAAUAUACAAUCUUGAAGAUGGUCCAUUUGAAGAACUGAAGCAGACUGCAGAAGAUAUAAUAAAGAGAAUCAAGGAUCCUAACCAUCUUGUUCCACUACGCCCUCCUCUUUCAGUGGAGAAAUGUAACGAAAGCAUCCUUGCAUUACUGAGGGCAUGUUGGGAUGAAUGUCCAGCGAGGAGGCCCCUGUUUUGCUACGUGAAGAGAGAGCUGAGAGAGGCCAGUCCAGAAGGUCAUUUCAGUAUCUUGGACAACAUGGUGAAUAAAUUAGAAAAAUAUGCAAAUCAUCUGGAGGAAGUGGUUGAAGCAAGGACAACCCAGCUGGUGGCCGAGAAGAAGAAGACAGAAAAACUUUUAUCAACCAUGCUACCUGGCUUCAUAGGAGAACAACUUGUUGCUGGGAGAUCAGUGGAACCUGAGAGCUUUGAUUCAGUCACCAUUUUUUUCUCAGACAUUGUUGGCUUCACCAAGUUGUGUUCUCUCAGCUCUCCACUGCAAGUUGUCAAUCUCCUCAAUGACCUAUACAGUCUGUUCGACAACAUCAUCGAAACCUUUGAUGUCUACAAGGUUGAAACCAUUGGAGAUGCCUAUAUGGUUGCCAGUGGCCUCCCCAUCCGCAAUGGGACCAAACAUGUUGAGGAAAUUGCUACUAUGUCUUUGCACUUUCUCAGUGCAAUGAUCUCCUUCAAGAUUGGGCACAUGCCCAAUGAGAAACUGAGGCUGCGUAUAGGCAUUCAUACAGGGCCUGUUGUUGCAGGAGUAGUAGGGAUCACAAGGCCACGAUAUUGUCUGUUUGGUGACACUGUGAAUACAGCUUCGAGGAUGGAAAGCACAAGCUUACCCCUCCAAAUCCAUGUCUCCAUGAUCACAGCAAAAACUCUUCAGUCCAUUGGAGGUUACCAUUUGCAAGAAAGAGGGACAAUAAGAGUAAAGGGCAAAGGACAGCAACAAACUUUUUGGCUGAAAGGAAAAGCUGGAUUUAACAUGCCUUUGCCAGAGUUCCACUGCGAUGUAGAAAGGCUCCCCAAAAGAAAUGUGGAGAAUGUCAGAACUGCAAACUCUAUUGUUGAAAGAAAAAGGAGCCAUGAUUCACCAGAUGAACAUAAUGCUGAGGAAUUCUUUAAUUCAAAAUGA